UCUCUAUAUAUAUUUAUAUCCAUACUGAACUUAGUCACAUACAUAACAAUUUCUUAUGCUGCUUCUUGUAGUUAUAUAUACGUCUAGUCUCAUAAAGAGAGAUAUGUCUAUAUGUAUGUUUUCUUUAUUUGGAUUUGUUUUUACAUAUGAGUAUUUGCAUGGGAGAUUAUCCGUUUCAGAACUUUCGAAAGGAGUUAAAGAAACUUUUGUUCUCUACAAGUUCACCUUUUUAUGUGAUUAAUUAUAGAUUUUGAUUACUAAUGGAUAAAAAGGGUUUUCAAGAAAUGAUAAACGUAAAACCAAUGGAUCAAAUGAUUUCAAACACCAACAACAGCACAUCGCAACAACAGCAACCAACAUUCAUCGCCACCACAUCAAGGCCAAACGCCACCGUAGCGAACGGCGGCUCCGGCGGAAACAACAACAAUACGGCUACUACGAUGGAAACUAGAAAGGCCAGACCACAAGAGAAAGUAAACUGUCCAAGAUGUAACUCAACGAAUACGAAGUUCUGUUAUUACAACAACUACAGUCUCACGCAACCAAGAUACUUCUGCAAAGGUUGUCGAAGGUAUUGGACCGAAGGUGGCUCUCUACGCAACGUCCCUGUUGGAGGCAGCUCAAGAAAGAACAAGAGAUCCUCAACACCUUUAGCUUCACAUUCCAACCCCAAGCUUCCAGAUCUAAACCCACCGAUUCUUUUCUCAAGCCAAAUCCCUAACAAGUCGUCAAAAGAUCUCAACUUGUUGUCUUUCCCGGUCAUGCAAGAUCAUCAUCAUGGUAUGUCUCAGUUUCUUCAUAUGCCAAAGAUCGAGAACAACAAUACAUCAUCUUCAAUCUAUGCUUCAUCAUCUCCUGUCUCAGCUCUAGAGCUUCUAAGAUCUAAUGGAGUCUCUUCGAGAGGAAUGAACACGUUCUUGCCUGGUCAAAUGAUGGAUUCAAACUCAGUCCUUUACUCAUCUUUAGGGUUUCCAACAAUGGUUGAUUACAAACAGAGUAACAAUAACCUUUCGUUCUCCAUUGAUCAUCAUCAAGGGAUUGGAAACAACACCAUCAACAGUAACCAAAGAGCUGAAGAUAAUAAUCAUGCUGAUGACAUGAAUGGAGCAAGUAGGGUUUUGUUCCCUUUUUCAGACAUGAAAGAGCUUUCGAGCACAACUCAAGACAAGAGCCAUGGUAAUAAUACAUACUGGAGUGGGAUGUUCACUAAUACAGGAGGAUCUUCGUGGUGAAAAAGGUUAAAAAGAGAUCAUGAAAUUAUUGUUAUCUCUUCUCUUUUUCACCUUUUUAACUCCUUAUUUAUUAUAUUUUUACUUUGAUGAUCUUUUGUUCUUUCUCACAUGGGGUACUUUAGUUAAAGUUGUCAGGACUUAGUCUACAGAUAGUCCUUUCUAUUCCUUCUUUCGGGUGUUGUUCUUUUUAAAUAGUAUUAGUGUGUGAUGAUAAUUUUCUUUAGUACUGAGGAGUGAGUGCUGAGGGAUAUCAUACGAGGGUAGAAGAAUAAGUGAAUAUAAGUGCAUUGUGUGUAACCAGUGAGAUCUGUAUUCAUCAUUUCUUCUAUUUGCAGAAGUAUUUGUGUAAUUCACUCGUCUUUAUUUUUAAUCAGUUUGAUAUAUAUUUAAGUGGUGUAAACAUGUUUGGUACAUUUUUAUUCCGGUUGAGUGAAUACUGCAUAUAAGUUUCAUAUUUACUAGCUAUCUAAUAUAGUCACUGCUAUAAUAACAAUUCAUCACUUAAUAUAUAGUCACUGUUAUAAUAACAAUUCAUCAAUAACGCGUUUGCUUAGAUGGAUAGCAGCAGCAACGAGUGACUGCAUGGAUGGAACCAUGCACUAAGCUAAAAUAUAAUAGAAGGCGACCAAAAAUAUGAUUGUGGUAGUGUUCUCUUUGUCAUUGCGAAUGCUAGCAACAAUUCUAUUAGCUGUUUUUGUUUUGUUACCGACGAAAUAUGUAUGCAAGUGAUUCGAUGUAUCGCAAAGAGUGAUAGAACACAUGUAUGAACCAUGGGGAAAAUAUAACUGAAAUUUUUAUCUCUUUUUUACAUAGGUUCUAAACGGUACCUAAUAGUGGCAACAUAUACAUAGUAAAAAUAAUUGAGUAUGCUGAUAUUCGUAUUUGAAAUUAAUAAUCAACGUAUCAAGUUUAAACUUUAAAAUUAUUUGAUGGUAACCCAGAACUCAUUGCAUGUGAACGGAAUUACUUUUCUCAGAAUUUUCAGCUUUUUCAGUUUAUAUAAUUCACAAUUAUUACCUUCUAGACAACUACUCCCAUACUAGUAAAUUAGUUGGAGUAAUUAAUAUAUAAAAUGCGCCCGCCCAUACUAGUAAAUUCCAUCAAAAUUAUGUGUUAUUUUUGUUUCUCCAGUAAUUUGUGUGUUGUCAAAUAGUCACAAUCCAGUAGAUAUACCAUUUGCAGCGCAAAACUUAAGUCUCAGUAAUACAAUAUAGUCUUCUCACUUCUCAGUUCAGAAUUUAUAUAACGGGUGAUUUGAUCCAAAAAGAAAAAUUAAUAUUACGGGUGGUAAAAAUAAAGAAAAUAUUAUUGGAAUGAUUAUCCACGAAGAGUCAUGAUUGUCGAAUCCCAAAGCAUCACAUUUUGGAAAAACAUUUAUAUUCAUAGCGCUCUUCGGCUUUUUUUGACUUUUGUGUCCGUGCAUGAACUGAGCAAUGUUUUAUCCUUUUUAACGGAAAUUCAUUACUACACCUUCUAAUAUAUGAGAGCUUCUAGGAGUAUUUAAAAAAAAAAAAAAAAAAUUCCUGAAACGAGAGUUAUUUAUUCUUCUUUGAAUAGAGAAUUAUUAAGAAUUUAAAACAAGAAGUUUCAAGCUGGAUUUCAUUUCAAAACACUUUUUUUUUUCUUGUCUCUUCCCAAAUCAGCCGUCAAAUCCUAGUUUCAAAACUCGAUCUACUUGCUUGAGGAGGCUGAACGGCACCAAUCGCUGUCGGUCUCCUCCCCCACCGGUCCGUGUUCCGAUCUAACCACAACCACCGUCUUUUUCGACCGCCGUUGCUGCUUCUUUGUCUUCGUGUCUCUGGAUCUCUGCCACAACAGUCCUAAACGGAGGCGGAGGUGCGUGCCUCUCCUCUCUGGAGCGCAGACGAGGCUGUAACAGGUCGAGAAACCCGGUGUACUUGUUCUUUGCCUUCAUCGACUGUUAGCGUCAGAUCUGGGUCAGUUCUGAACCCAAGACUAGGCGUUUGUUCGGGAGUGUCGCGGCCUCCUUUCUUCCUCCUUCGUCUUGCCUCCUGAUAGUCCCGUGAAGUGUGAAAUCUCAAGGCUUAUAGAGCCUCUCCUCAGGGAAUCUUUCUUCUGAGAGCGACGGAAUGGUGGUUCACCGUUGAGAGCCUCUUCCUCUAGCAUCUAGUAUCAGCUACCAUGCCUCUUCCUCUGUUUGGCUUGUGCUCUCCCCUCUGUAUUUGAAAGUUUGAUGCUUAGGAUCUUUGAGGACAAAUCCGGUGUAUCCCUUCAUAGUCUUGGAGUUGGAGCCUCGUCUGGGUGGUUUUUGCAUUUUUAGAGAAGUCUUCUGACUCCUCCUGCUCUUCAUCCUAAUUGCAAGCUCUGGGUGGUUUCCUUCUGAUAGCUUCGAAGUCUUCGCUAUCUUCUGAGUUUUCUAUGUGUCGCGUAGCCGGUUUUCGGGGAGCAUUGUACCGCCUCUGCUUGACUGUGGUUCACCUCCUGUGUUUCACUGAAGUGUCGAUUUCCCUGUCUCAUCCGGAAGAGAUCUACCCGAGAGGCUUUUGGUGAAGGUUUCAAUGAAGUCCCCCCUCAGCUAGCAUCGGAGCGGAUUGCCAGGCCCUCUGUCGUCGCAGCUUUAGAGACCUUCGGGUUCGUCUUCAGCAAACCAUCUCCGCUAAGCCUACUCCUCGGUACCUGUUGACUUUGUCUAGGUUUUUGGAAGUGCUUGUUAGGAACUUAACAGUUGAUGCUUGUUGCUUUCUUGUAUUUCUAAGGUUUGUUCCCAUUUACAAUUUUAGUUCUUAGAUGGAUGUAAUAGGUUUUUUUAACUUUUUUGCGGCCUAUUGCAUCAGAUCAGCUUUCGAGCAGAUGGGAUUGCAACUCUUUAUAAUCAAACUAUCAUUAUCCUGUUAAUGACAUUUACCAUUUAGAAAAAAAAAAAAGUUUCAAGCUGGGAAUUAACUCACUAACAUUUUUAAAAAAUUAAGCCUAUACGUUAACCUGCUCCAACUAAUAGCCGUUUAUAACAUUCAUUAACUUAAUACUCCGUUUGAAGUAUGCGUGGAUCUGUAAAAUAUGGUCAUAUUAAUGAAUCAUCAUCAUUUGUAGUUAAAGGUAAUUAAAUCCCUUGAAGCAAACACCCACUAAGACCGAGAGACGACAACAAGCUUUUCUUCAAUUCUCGUUAUUACCAGUUUCAAUGCGAUGUCACAUUCCACUCGACAUUUUCAUUAUCUUAAUUAUUAGUAUAAAAUAAUAAUAAUCAGACCGUACCCUUCACGUUCAUCCACCUAAUCCGCUUUUUAAUUUUCCAAUUAGAUGAAAGUGACCUUUCUAAUUGAUCCAUGAUAAAUGUGUAUACACAUUUAACGUUGGUAAUUUCAGAAAUCGCAGUAUUAUUUACUAUCAUAAACUUCACUGUAUAAACUACAUUUCAGACAAUUUAAAAUUUAACUCGGUAAAGGUUACCAUAACCCGUACACCAAUAAAUUAAGUUCUUUUCUAUUGCAUAUAUCUUCUAAAUUAUAAACCAUUUGGGGAAGCUACACAUAUUUUCGACAACUUGCUAUGUUUAAAGGAAUGUUUUAAUUUAUUUUUAAUAUGAUGAAAACAAUUAAAAUGAUAUGUAUCAGAUAUUUAUUAAUUUAAAAUAAAUAUACUAAGUAUACUUUUGUCGGAAUAGUAUAAGAUAAAUGUGAGUAUGAACACAUGAUGAUUAGUAGCUGGCUUGAAAUGCGGAAGUAGAUGCCCACUUUAUAGUGCCCGCCAACCAAACAUGAUUUUUCAUUGGGUCUGUGUUGUUUUGAUUAUUUAAUUACUGACUAUAUUUGAAUACUACUCGUAAUUACAUUUAAGUAUAUAGGAUAAAAUCAAACGCGAUAUUCUCGUAGUCUAUAACAGAUCUAGAUUUAUCUGCGCAUGGUCGCUUUAUUCAAAAUAAUCGAGAAAAAAAUAGCGCAACGGAUCCAUCGAGUCAACUAUAUUUUAUUUUAAAUACAGAAAGCUGUUAUCUUCAGGCCAAAGAAAUCGAAGGAAUAAAAGGACCUGUCUCGAAGAUAAAGAUGAAUCUACAUCACAUAAUAUACCACUGGACAUGUAAUAAAAGGUGACGCACUGAUUCUUUCUCUCUUUAACUGAUCAUCAACUUCAUAUUUAAAUUCUGGGAGUACAUGAUUUCACCAUAAGUGAUUUAACCACACUUAUAGACAAAGUUCUCUAACUUCACAAAAGAAUCACUAGAUGGAUCUUAAGCUACCUGAACUGAACUUUGCUGUAAUUUCAACCCAAUGAGCACAAACUCUCUCUAAACCAGAGAAAAUUAUCUCUUAAACCACCUACUUAGACCACAAUGAGAGAAAACAAUGAAACCCAACAUAGCUAAAACUAAUCUCGAGUCAAUAACAUCUCAAGCAUUUGUCUCCAGAAGAUGAGCAUGCCGCACACAACUAAAUGUGACGCACUGAUUCUUAGUCGUCUAAAAUAUACUACAAAUGACUGUUUUUAGUUAGGAAAAAUUAAUAACAUAAUUUCUUAACUUUUGAAAAUAAGCUAAAAAUAUUAACUCACAGACAUAUCAUUUUAAUCAUCAAUUUCUAAUCAAACAAAGAUAAAUCUCAUACCAGCCAUUUUAAUUCUACUAAAAUUAGCAUAAUUACUUAGUAUUUAGCGGUAUAACAAAGUUAAAAUGGCUUACUAGCUCAAUACAAAAAUGAUUUUUUUUUUUGGGGAUUUCAGUUCAAAUGUUAGAGAUAAAACUUGUUUAUUUAAAAAUGACUUAACUGGAAUUUGUAAUUUUUAAGUUUGUGGUAUUAGUCAUUGGACCUAGAAAUCAUUUGAGAUUUCUAUGGUUACCAAAAAGAAAUAUAAUUUUUCAUCUCGAAUAAAAUGUCGUAUUUAAGCAUAUAUGUUAAAAUAAACAUAGAAAUAUUAUUUUUACAAAUGAAUCAAAACUAAAAAAAUUGUUUAACAAAAAAACUUAGGAAAAUUCUCUUAAAUAUCAAUUUUUAAGUUUUUGUCACAAAAAUAGCUUUCAAAGAAGAAAAUGACCAAAAUAACUCUUUUUAUUUUAAAAUUUUUAAUAUUUAUUUUUUAUUUUUAAAAUUUAAAACUCUAUCCCCAAAACUCCACCCUUUAAUUCUAAACUAUAAGUAUAAAUUAGUUAAAGCUAAGGUGAAAAUGUAAUUUUAUCUUUUAAUAAAACUUAUUUUAGUCAUUUUUUUUAUUAAAAACUAAAUAAAUUAAAAAGGGUUAUUCUAUGGAAUUUCUCAAAAACUUAAUUAGAAACACAAAUAUAAUAUAAAUUCAGACAUUACAUAAAAAUAAAUGUGUUUAAACUCAAAACAAUUUUAAACACAAACAUAAAAGUUAAAAUUAAAACCUUAAACAUGUUAUCGUUAGAAGCAUAAAUCAUUGAUAUUACCCGAUAAAAUAAAGCAAAUGAAAAACGACGGAGAAGCCAAAUCGCAACAUCAAACAGCCAUACACGUCAGAUACCAUGGAUAAAUUCACGUUUAGAUUUAAAAAAAAAAACCUUUUCUCUGUCUCUCUCGAACAGAAGAAGAACUCCCACGAAAGAAUAAAAUUUACCUCUUCGGAAUAAAAUUCUCAGUUUUAGAGAAACGAAUCCGGUUCUCUCCUCUGCCAUGAUGCAACAAUGGAUCUGACACGCACCUUCUCUGAUCAACGAACCGUUCCUCUCUCGAAUCAUCCGCUCACCCUUCCUAAUUUACCUCUUCAACACUUAACUCACAACUACUGGGCUUCAAUUGGGCCGUGGGUUUUUCUUUCUGUUAGGUUCUUUUCACUAUGAGUUUUGGGAAUUUGGCUGUGCCCUGAACUAAAGCACUUUGCUUGUAAACAUUUUAUUUUUUUCCUGCAUUUUAAUUUGAAAUCCUAAGUUACAAAAAAAAAAAAAAAAACUCCCACGAAAGAACGGUUAGCUCCGGCCGUCGCCUCGACGUCGCCGGAGGCGUUCCCCUCCUUCCUUUAAUCUCGUUUUCUCUUUGCUUUCUUCUUCCCCGUUUCCCCUCGAUCGAUAUGCAUGCUACUUUGUGCUUGUCGAGGCCUCAACCGGAGCUCCUUCGUGGCCGACGGUGACUGUGCCUGGCUUCCUAUGGAGUGGUGGCGAGACUCAUGGCAGGAGGUGGAGAUGGGAGUCGGCUUUUAGGAUUAAAGUUUCUGUCAGAUUUGGUUUUCCUUUUUAUAGAUAUACGGCGGAGGCUUCGUGACGGCUGCGCGUGGAGAGGUGAGACGGCUCCUCCACCAUGGAUCUAUCUCCCUCUCGGGCGGUGAGACUGCGGCAUAAGAGGUUCGAUCUUUAGUUCUCGGAGACGACGUACUGCAAGGAUCCUUGAAGACGGAGUGGUCAACUGCAAGAAAGGUCUUUGGUGGCAUUGCACGGCAGAGCCCUAUUUCCCAGUGCCGGUGACGGUCUUGUGGUCGUCUCGGUGGUACGGCUCCACACCUCCUGAAGCUGUGAUUUGGUUGUGCCGAACUCGUUGCAGUCUUUAAAGCCCGCUUUUCAUUCCGGGUCGUGGUGCUUGGUUUUAGGCUAUGGAUCGUGACAGGAUUGCUUGAGGUGGUGGGGUUAAGCCGGAUUGCGCCUUCAAUGAGGGUACUAUUGGUCACGGGCUGAAUUCUGAUUUUUAGUAGACCAAGGGUUUAGUUCGAAAUUAGAACCGGUUUAGUGUCAUGGUCCUCUAGUUUAAUCUCUGUUAUCGUAUCCUAUGGUCAAAAUUAGGGUUUAAGGUGAGGUUUUUCUCGUCUUGGGAUAAACACGUUCUCGCAGUGGUGAAAAAUGCAGCAAUGUAUUCUAGGUUGCGCUGGUUCCGAGUGAAAAAUCACCUAGUAAGUGUUCCAGAGUGUUGCUAAGAUGCAUUGUUGUAGGUGUGGUUAAACUGGUGUGGCCAAAUGCUUUGUACCUAUAUAUUGGUUGAGAUAAAAAAAAAAAAACAGCCAUUCACGUC